CGAGAGCUGAUCAUUGAGCAUAAACAAACCGUGGAUUUGUUCCGGGAAUUUCUUCGUGAAUAUAAUGUUGGUGGCUUCGGACUGGUUUAUCGAGAAUUGCUGAAACGGAACUGUUCUCUUGGCAAGCAUUAUGUGGAAGUUUCGCUGGAUGAUUUGAAGGGUUUCAACGAAGAAAUUGCAAACAAAAUGCAACAGUAUCCCACUCGUAUUUUGGCCGCUCUUGAAGAAGCUGGGAAACUUACUGCUGAUGAGGCGAUGGAGAGCGCUGCAAAGGGUAUCGAAAUUCAUGAUGUACAAGUGACGCUGCAGAGCAAUGAAGUUGCGGCCAGUAUUCGGCAGCUAAAGGUAAAAAUCGAUCAAACGGCACAGCUACAACGAUGUCCCAUUGAUCCGUACCAUAUUAUGCCGGACAAAUGCUAUUGCAUUGAUUAUCAAACACUGAAACUGCAAGAAAAUCCGGAAGAUGUUCCACACGGUGAAAUGCCCCGACAUAUGCAACUUUAUUGCGAUCGAUAUUUAACGGAUCGUGUGGCGCCGGGCAAUCGUGUUAUGAUCGUUGGCGUAUAUUCCAUCAAGCGUAUUUUCAAAAAACAGAGGGCAAACGAUAAAACGCUCUCUGGAAUUCGUACUCCAUACAUUCGUGUUCUCGGAAUACAAGUACAAACGUGUGGACCGGGACGUGUGGAACGAAGGGAGUUUACACCAGAGGAAGAAAAAUUUUUCAAAGAUCUAGCAAAAACUCCAAACAUCUAUGAAUUAAUCACUAAAAGCAUUGCACCAUCGAUUUAUGGUUCGGAAGAUAUUAAAAAGUCGAUUGCUUGCUUGCUGUUUAGCGGUUCUCGUAAAAGGUUCCCUUUCCAACAUCUUUUUUCACUGUUUGAGAAGUACAAGUUUGAAAUGGAAGCUUUUUCGGUUUCGAAUCCGGAGAGACUACCAGAUGGGCUAACUCGACGUGGCGAUAUUAACAUAUUGCUGCUGGGAGAUCCGGGAACGGCGAAGAGUCAGCUUUUGAAAUUCGUCGAAAAGGUGGCACCGAUUGCAGUUUAUACAUCCGGUAAGGGUAGCAGUGCUGCUGGCUUAACAGCUUCUGUGAAUCGCGAUCCGGCAUCGCGAACAUUUAUAAUGGAAGGUGGUGCAAUGGUACUUGCUGAUGGUGGAAUUGUAUGCAUCGAUGAAUUUGAUAAAAUGCGCGAAGAUGAUCGUGUUGCGAUUCAUGAAGCUAUGGAACAGCAAACAAUUAGCAUUGCUAAGGCGGGCAUCACAACCACGCUGAACUCACGUUGUUCAGUGCUAGCUGCAGCAAACUCGGUGUAUGGUCGUUGGGAUGAUUCAAAAGGUGACGAGAAUAUUGAUUUUAUGCCAACGAUAUUAUCACGAUUCGAUAUGAUUUAUAUCGUCAAAGAUACUCACGAUGUACUUCGUGAUACGGUAAGCAGUAGUAGUACCGAAUCAGUAACACUGAAACCACUUCUUUAUACAUACAUUGCUUUUUGUCGUGCCACCUGUGCGCCUCGACUUUCACAAACAGCAAGUGAAAAACUUAUCCAUAGUUACGUUCGACUUCGCAAUCCGUUGGUGGAUGCUGAGCACAGAUGAUGA